AUGGCGACCAGCGUUCCAGAAGAUAGCAUCAUGAGUGAGAACCAAGCACCACCACCAAUCCCAGCGGAAGAGCCCAAAUAUGGCGGAUUCACACGCUUUGAGAUCGAACUCGAGUUCGUACAAUGUCUCGCCUCACCCACCUACCUCAACCACCUGGCCUCCAAAAAGUACUUCGAAAACCCCGAAUUCCUCGCGUAUCUUAAAUAUCUACAGUACUUUGCCCACCCGCCCUAUCUCAAGUACCUGGUUUACCCGGGCCCCACGCUGAGGAAUCUGGAGUUGUUACAGCAGGAGAGGUUUAGGACGGAUAUUCUGAGUGGCGAGACGGUAGCUAGGAUGGUGGAGGAGGGUGCGAAGGCUGGCAUGGAGUGGCCGAGCAAGAAAUAG